AUGUACAUAUUGCCACUGACUGCUUUUGUUUGUCGCAAACUGGCAAUGCUUCUCUCUUCCCUGAGCAGGUCACAGCACCAUGUCCUUCAGUUGAUUAGCAAUGUAGCUGUUUGCCCCUCUGGAGUGCACUCAUCAAAAGUAAUUGAUACAAUUAAGUUGACUAGAAUUGGAGUUACAAAUUCUAGGUUAAUUCUUCAAGUACCAUAUCCCAAUUUGUUCGUUGCUCUCUCUUUCAGGUUUUUGACUUAUCUCUCAGCCAUAUGUGAGGAUGAUGUUCAGGGGAAGAAGCUAAUGCAUGCAGCCAUCAAUCCGCUGUUUUGCGUUCCAGUUUCUGGAAGUUCUGAAAAUGAUAAAUCUGUGGAGAACUAUAGUGAAACUAGAGAUGCAAAACCUGCUUUACUUUGGAGUGUCUUGUAUACUCAAGAGCUUACUAAGAUAUUUCAAGAGCUGUACUUUGAGUCGAGGGUCUUUGAAAACAACUCUCUCUACUCCCACAGAGUAGGGGUAAGGUCUGCGUACACACUACCCUUCUCAGACCCUACUUGUAUUGGAUAUGUUGUUGUAUUUCAAGAGCUGUACUUUGGUGAAGAAUUCUUUCCCAAGACAGCCUCGUUGGAGGAGGGUGCUGUCGAAGAGCUGAAGGACUAGAGACCAAAUUGAUGCUGCUGGAUAUGUUGUCAUUUUAGCUGACAGUUGGCAGAAUAAUACAGUUUGGCAUGGACAAUGACGAGGAGAAUAUACUUGAGGUGGUUUCUGUCCCUAUAUUCCAAUGUUGAAGUCUUUACUUGAAAUUAUUUCGUUGUUGUAAGAGUAAUAGCUAUAGCCAGGGGCGGAGCUAGCAUUCGGAUUACGGGUUCAGCUGAAUCCAGUAAUUUUAGUUCAAAACAUGUAUUUGUCUUAAGAAAUUAUUUGAAUGUAUACAAAUUAUUAAUUUAGAACCCAAUAACUGAAAAAACUAAAAUUCCGAACCCAUAAACUUCAAAUUCUGGUUUCGCCUCUGGCUAUAGCUAGCCUUUCUAGUUUCUUCGGCCUACAAAUGAACAGGAAGGAGCGUAGAGGGUUGGCACGAGACUUGGAAUGUUGAAGUUUGGCAAAAUGCCAAAGUCCCACAUCGGU